AUGUCAAAACUAAGGACUUCUUAAUUUUAAAGAAAUUCUCUUUUAUUUAGAAAAUCAGUCAACUUUACACUUUGACGCCACAUUACAAGAAAUUUAUCGGGAAUUCUUGUUGGGGAGAUCUCUCUGCUGAACGGAAAAUGAUUUAAUUUUAUCAGUUCCUAACAGUGUCGUGUAAAUUUUAUAUUUUAAAAACUGUCUUACAAUGAACGUUUCGAUCGCUGAACUGGAAAAUGCAGCGAAUUUAUUUAUGGGUGCUCCUGGCCAGACGACAGCAGAGCAACGACGAACCGCCGAAACAAUCAUCAUGAACUUUCGGAAAACAAAGUCUCCGUACCAACUGUGUCAGGAAAUAUUAGAGAAGACGCGCGUUGACAUUUUACGAUUCGAGGCGGCUGAUAUGAUCAAAUCGGCAAUUGUGGCCGAAUGGGACACGUUGGAAGAUCAAUACAAACUGUCGCUGCGACAGUAUCUGCUGAAUUACAUUCUGAAUCAGAAUGUUCAGCCAUUCGUACGGGAGAAGAUUCUGCAAGUGGUUGCCAUUAUGAUAAAACGAUCGAGCAUUUUGGACGCUGGCGUCGAACGCGGUUUCAUAUUGGAUGAGGCCCAGAAAAUGAUAUCAUCGGGUGACAUUUCGCAGCAAUAUCUGGCUUGUCGUAUCGUCUACAACAUAAUGCAAGAAUAUUCCACGACAAUUAAAUCGGUUUCCGAUGACACUGGACUGACGUUCAACGAACACUUUAAGGCCAAAAAGCAAUUCGAAUUGCUCGAUUUGCGAAAGAUUUUCGUGAUGAUUUUCGAUGCACUGGUGGCUAUCAUGAAAAUAAUCGAUCUGACCAAUGCGACGCACGUGCACUUGUUGCUCGAAUAUUUUACGAUUCACGAACAGAUUCUGAUGUGGGGAUAUGUGUCGCCGUUGCUGUCGAAACGAUUGGUCAGCAUUUUCGAGAGUAUUAACAAAACCGAUCAAUGUCCAUCGCUCCGGUUGACGCUGCCGUGGGAACGAAUCAUACUCGAUCCACGAGUGGUCGAAGUAUUUUUCGGAAUUUAUUGGAAAGUUCGUGAAAUUCCGCAGAUUCAACCAAAGUCCCUGACCUGCAUUGUUCAGUUGUCAACGCUGAACGGACCGGUGUUAAAUAAUCAAGAGAACAAGCUGAAGUACGUCACCAAUUUCCUGACCAAUUUCCUACAAUUGACUUCCAGCAUUCAAAUGAAGAGUACUGAAGCCAAUGGUUUUGCUACCGUUCUGCGGCGCAUUCUACUCUACAAUUUACCAAAUAUAUUCAAAGACAUCUCCGAUGAACUACGGACAUCAUUGCUGCAACAAAUGUUUGUUUUGACAUGCCAUUUUAUGGAAUCUUCGAUUCAUGAGGAGGACAUGGACUGUUUGGCGGAACCUGUGUACACCGAAGCAUUAGACAUAAUCCUUGAAGCAUGGCUGCUUAUCAUCCAAGGCAAAGAGCAUUUCCAAGCCGAUUUGCUCAAGCAACUGUCGAUUCAAAUCUUCAACAAGUAUCUCCAGUGUCAUCUAUCACCACCAGACGGUCUGCGCAAAGCGUCUCUCAACACGAGUCGUGAUAUGGAUGAUGAAUUGGAACAAAGCGAUCGCGAUCGCUACAAAGAGCAACUGAUCAUCAUCGGCGCACUCGGUCGCGAAGAACCGUCACACGCACUACCGAUUCUGUGCAAACUUUUAGAAGAGAAGACUCGGUGCCUUCAAGCCCAUCUCGAGCGCGUCUACACCAAUGCGGUCAAUCUCAAUGUUGAUUCCUCGGAGGGAGUAGAGCAGCUGUACGACGAUAUUUUGUGGAUUAUUUUAGUAUCGGCACAUGUGAUGUCGAUGGAAUCGGUGGGCGAGCAGCCGAUCAUUCCAUCGGAAAUUAUGCACUCCAGCAAACAACAGAUGUUGAACGGUCAAACCGAUUUGACGGCAAGCUUAAAAGUGUUGGCAUUGGAAGCGCCAGUGGGGGAUGAUACGUUAUGCGAUCACGUAUUACGACUGACGGCAGCCGUUUUUCGGCUGUGCGACAUCGAAACGAAGGCAAUGGAAGCGAAUAUGAAAAGUGUUUUGAGUCCGGAGAUAGCGUCGAAUUUGAUGUGGUUCCUACAAAUGUGGGCCGAAUCGUAUCUGUUGUACCUUAGUGAAUAUUAUACCGACGUGAGUGAAGCAAUUAAGACAGCAUUUGGUGUUGACACACCCGGUUCCAAUUGGAUUAUUGGAUUUUUGUUGAACAAAAUUUGCGUAAAUGUACGACACUUCUAUAGUGAACCACAGGUUGUUCUAGAUUCCAUUGGGCUCUUUGUGUCAUUGGUCCGGCGAAAGCAAAAGUGCACCGCUGUGUUUAAUUCGGAAUAUUUUAAGCAAAUUGUUCAACUCAAAGAUCUCAACAUACCCAAGCAAAGUCUUCUCAAAGGUUUAGUUGUGACCGCUAGCUGUAUUACCAACAAGGCACUUCAGCAACAGUAUCUUUCCGAGAUUCUGUCACCCAUCGAGAAUAACUACAAGAAAAUCAAUCCAAUCAACAACUACUCGAACAACAUUGAUCUGAACGCCGCCUCAAUCGAAACUGUUAACGUAUUGGAUGAAAUCCGUGCAUGUCUGAAGGGAGCCACAUUACAAACGGCCAUUCAAGUUUACAGCACAUUCGAGGGAACGUUAUUCACCAUGUCGCAUCUGUUGCGACGAUAUUCCGAUUGUCAAGCGGUUGGCGUGGCGGUUUUGGAAUUGAUGUGCGAACUGUUCCAGGUCCUAAUAUAUCUGCAAAAUCAUCAAGCGUACGAAAUUUGUAUGGAUGUCAUCGAUACAUAUGUCUGCGAUCGGAACAAUCGGGUGUCCGUUGCUGCCAACGCGGAAGAUGAACAGUGUGAAGAUGUUAUGCUGCUGUUGAAGCUCAUGAAUUUGAUUCUAUCGAACAACAUCUACAACAUAAUGGGAAUCACCGAGGAGCCGCAACAGAAGGAGAAUUGCUGCGUUCACAUUUUUAAUCGAGUUAUUCCCAUCAUCAAACUGGAGAUGUUAACUUACCCAUCACUGUGCAUCAACUACUACAAAGCAAUAACAUUUUUCGUCGAUUCCAGAGGAUGCAAGCUACGCAUGGUGCCUGACGAAUUGAUCUCAAGUAUGCUCAAGACGAUUGAAAUCGGCCUGUUUCAAUUCGGUGCCGAAGUGCAACAAGUUUGCUUCGAAUUUCUGCAGGCAUUCGGCACAUUCAUUCAUCUUGAACAAAGUGAUACAUCGUUUGCAUACCAAUCGACCAUACAGUUUAUCGGCAUUGUCGUUGAAAUGAUAUUAAACCAAGAUUUGUGUAGUGAUAACAAAAGCGAAUGCAGCAAGGCAUUGUUCAGUCUAAUUUGCACGUACAAGGAUCGUUAUGGCCAGAUUUUCCGGCAAAUCAUACAGACGCGCUCGAACAGUGACCAGGCUGAACGUUUGUCCAAAGAGUUUGAGGAGUUGACGCGCGGUAUCGAUUUGGUCAUGAGUCGAACCAAUCAAAAUAUGUUCGUGGAGAGAUUUGAAAAAUUCAUUGUUAAUAUAUCGUUCGUGCAUAAUUAAGGGGGGGGGGAGAGAAGAAGAGGAAACUUUUAACAUCCGACACGUGAUGUUUUUCAGACUAACAAAAUCAUUUGGAAUCCAAAUUUUGGAUAAAUAAAAUUCAAUUUUUUUUAGAGAAAUUUAAAUUCUGCUUUCGGGAUCGUUCGUUUUGACGGUCCGUAAGAAUACACCGUUUUGAUUUAGAGGAUUACAUCGGAGCGCAUUUUCGAUUAGUUUUAGCAUUUUUGUUGUAUUUGUUGUUCCAAUUGUGUGGAACUGAUGUCGCCGCAUUUUAUCAAAAUUUUACUAUAUGGUUAGGCUCGGAACGGGUCAGAUUUCCUCUCCAACUGGAACGUGAAACAGAUGACUUUUGCAGCUUGAAAGUCCAUGUGAAACAGUCCAAAACCUAAUACAAUCGUUGAAUAGGAUAACUUAAAAUUGGUUGGGUCAGGUCAGCCCGAUAUUUAUAUUCAAAACUGUGAACUAGAUUAUGCACGACCUAGUCAAUGAUAAUAAUUAGAUUUGGCAUUUUGGAUAAAAGUAAUCUGCUUCGGUUGAACUCAUGUUUCAUGUUCCCACAAAAUUUCAGGUCAAAGAUUGGUCUGACCUAUUUCGAGCUUAAAAAUGAAACGAAAACUGGACUGAUUUUAAGAGUAGAGAAAUCUAAAAAAAAUUAAAAAUUGAAGGACGUAACAGUACGUCGUAGUUAAAUAGAGUGAAGAGAAUGAAUGUCGACGCGACACCACUGUGACUAUCACAUUUGUUCUUCAAAGCUCAAGCAAAAUUACAACAUCACAAAAAUGUGAGGCAAUACGCGGAAUCACAUUUAAAGCGAAAUACAAAAGCACAUUCGAAUCGGGAACAUUUUUACGUAAUUUUUCUAUUUUUGUAUUACAAUUCAACGAUUGUGAAUGAUCGUGAAGUAACUUCCCGAUUUCGAAACAUUACGGUAGUUGUCACCCUACAUCCUAUAAUCAUAGGCCGAGGAGGUGAUUUUUUUUUGACGAUAUCUAAUUGGCUUUUCUAAUUAACAAUCACAGCACAGUUAGGGAAUAACAUAAAAUUGAAGAAAAUUAAAUUAAUUUUUUUUACAAAUUGAAUUUUUUAAGAAUAAAAAAUUCGACAAAAAUCCUAACUUUAGCGAUGCACCAAAACCUUUGUAACGAUCUUUUUUCUAUUAAUUAUUUUUCUGUUUGAAAAUAAAAUGUUUUCGAUGUCUUCUCAUGAAUAAA